GAAAUUAAACUUCUUUCCCUUACGCUUUCUUCUCUCCAUUUUCCUCUUCACCUCUUCUUUUCCAAUCCAAAUUCUUGCCAAAAUCCAAAGGGGAAAAUGCUAGGGAUCAAGAAGUUAGUUUCAGUGAAGAAACUAGCCGAGAAGGCUAAGUUCAUAACCAGUACUAUUUGUCGUGAGCGAUCACAACAAGUUGAAUACUUGCUUAUUAAAGACAAUGAAGAAUGGUCUCUUACAAAUUCUAAGUCCUCAACACCAACAGGAAACUUAGCUAUCUACGUAGGGGAAGAAAGAGAACGAUUCGUCGUGCCAACGAGCUAUCUUUCCCAUCCAUUAUUCAAGAUUUUGUUGGAGAAAACGUACAAUGAGUUUGGCUUUGAGCAAACAAGUGGACUGGUGGUGCCAUGCAGUGUUAAUGCAUUUCAAGAAGUAGUCAAUGCUGUGGAGUGCUGCAAUGGGAAGUUUGAUUUUGGUGAGUUGGUGGGGGAGUUUUUGUAGAUAUCAUAGGUAAUAUAGAAUGAUUUGUAACUUUAGAUUACAUUUCUAGUGCGAGCAUACAGCAUGAAGAAAUGGAUCCCGAGCUUGGUAGAAGAGACAUUAAUUAAUUACUUAAUUCAAAUUAUUCUUUAGAACUUGAUUGAAAUUUGGUAGGGUAAGAUUCUGUGUAAUUUGAUAUCUCAAUAUUCUUAGUAGGUUCCCAUUUGUUUACCCCAUGAUGUAGACUAUAAAACGAGUGAGUUAGAUAGAGUGGCAAAACCUAUUGCAUUAUUAUUGUUACUAUUAUUACUGCUAUGAAGAUUCAUAUAUAU